AUGGCUGCUAGUGGUAAUGAUUUAUACAGCGAAACAAGAGUUCCCAGUCAACAAAUGGGAAAGUUACAAAUGCAAACUCAAGACGCCUUAUUUGCACAAAAUGAGAUUAUCAUUCAACAGUUAGAAGAAGUAACAAAGAAGCUUUCUCUGCUACCUCAAGAGAUAUAUAAUAUUUCAAUGGUUCAAAAGCAGCAGCAACAAUGGCAACCACAACCUAUUCCAUAUGAGAAAAACACAAAAUUGGAGGACACUUUCCAGAAAUUCAUGAAAAUGAGUGUAUCAUAUCGUAAGAAUGUGGAAGAUGCAUUUAACAGUUCUUCUUAUCCAACUUCUAAACGUUACUUCAUGCAAGUUUGGAAAAUUGAAUGUUUGUUACGAGAAAAUGUAAAAAGUGAUGAUAUGACGAUUAAAGAUAUGUCAUUGACCAUGAUGAACAAGUUUAAUAAGUAUUGGGAUCAAUAUUAUGACAUUCUUGCUAUUGGGGCUAUUCUUGAUCCACGGAUGAAGUUUGAAGCCAUUCGAUUUUGUUAUAGAAAGAUUAAUCCUUCUACUUAUGAAGAAAAAAUUAAUGUUUUAAAGGAUAACAUGUAUAAGUUGGUUGAAGAAUAUGUCAAAUUAAAUUCAAAUGAGUCAAAUACUUCAAGUUCUCAAGUUGCUCCUCCAACACAACAACCUUCUUUUACUAAUGAUGAGCCAGUGAUGGAUGCAUUUGAUGAAUAUGUUGAUUAUUUGAGCCAACAUGUUAAUGACACUAAAAGGUCUGAAUUAGAUCUUUAUUUAGAUGAAGGGAAUCUUGAUCCAAAGUUUUUUGAUAAGUUGGAUGUAUUAAGUUAUUGGAGGGAUCGUCAAGAUCGUUAUCCAAACUUAUCUAAGAUGGCUUGUGAUAUUCUUAGCAUUCCAAUCACUGCAGUUGCUAGUGAGUCUGCCUUUAGUCUUGGUUCUCGUGUGCUAACCAAAUAUCGUUCAUCCAUUCUUCCAGAGAAUGUUGAGGCACUUAUUUUAACUCAAAACUGGUUGCAUGGUUUUGAACUAACAGGUAACAUUAUUGUUAUUCUCAUAUGUCUUUAA